CGUACUCUGACGGAACGGACUUCGCACUGCGGCUGCGUUCUGGAAAUGUUGAUUUUCCGCAACCAAGGCCAAGCCGCCCAAGGCUCAAAUAUCAAAUGAAAUAAUAUUUAGAUAUACGCGCAGCCUCGAGAUUCACUGUCGAUCUUCGUGAAUCCGAUACUUCUUGAUCUCGGGUUUGUUGUCUCACGGAUUGGCGUUUGGUGCGGGGGUGUGGUUGUCGCGGAAGCAUACGGAGCAUACUUUUUUUAAUGCAUUAAUGGCGUGAAAAAAUUGGAAAAUUAUCCAAAAGCCAUGGAGGCUAAAGCCAACAAGUUCGUCAAGAUGGGAGAGAAAAUUAUCCUAAACCUGGAAUCUAACAAAAUUCACCAUCGGACAAAAAGCAGCCCAGGAUUAUGGAUUGGUCCUUUGAUGGGCUUGAGUGCAGCAGCUACUUUCUUGUACGAAGACCACAGUUAUUCCGAAAUUUGUUUAUUAGAAGGAUUAACAGGAAUCGGAUUGAUAAUAAGUUGUGCAUGUCUCUACAUAUUUUUAUCGACAGAUAAAGUAGUGGUGAAAGAUUUCCAGGCGGUGUACUUUCUGCCUGCUAUCAUAACGUCCACUCUUUAUCUUUUUCUCGCAAACAAAGGAUUGCUAGUGAGUGUAGCAUGGGGUUCAAGCGUUGGAAGUUUGAGUACGUGGGGUGUCGUACAAGCGAUGUCCUAUUUUCCUGGCUGUUUCACUCUUGGUGAAGCUACAGCAGUGACGCAUGGAAUCGUCCUGUUUUUACUCUCAAUCGCUACCAAUAUUCCACUUAGAUACCAUUUGCCUCCAAUUCAUAACCAUGACAUUGCCACUGUAAUACUGCAAGUGGGAAUUCUUUACGUUUUGUCGAUCUGUUUACUGUGUGCCACUUUUCCAAAAUUGCGACAAACUGCACAAUUUUACGCACUAUCUGGCAUCACACUUUUAGUGUUGGUGAUUCCAAUCCUGCAUGUUUUGUUAGACCGAAGCCCCCUUCUCUGGAUAUUUUUCUUCAUAUUCAGCAAUUCCACACGGGUUUAUUUGCUGUUUUAUUGGCUCGUAUGUUUUAUACUGGCAUGGUGUUUCAUUAUCUACCGAGUUAUUUCAAAAUCGAAAGCGACGACUUCGGAUAGAAAAGUCUUUCACAUCCUAGCAACCAUGGUUUUCAUCCCAGGAAUGAUUUGGGAACCAACAUUGUUAUACACAGUCAGUGGGGUUGCCCUGGCCUUGUUGUUGAUGUUAGAGGUCUUGAGGUUUUUAAAACUACCACCUUUAGGCGAAAUUUUGCAUCAAGGACAUUCAGUUUAUGCUGACGAAAAAGACGAAUUUGUGUCUUUAACUCCACUCUACUUGCUCUGCGGUUUAUCGUUUCCACUUUGGAUGCCAGCCAACGAUAUUGGAAUUUUACCUUUACUCAGUGGUGUCCUGACUGUAGGGAUUGGAGAUGCAGCUGCAAGUUAUGUGGGAAGCAAUUGGGGAAAGCAUAAAUUGGUUGGAUCCAAGAAGUCGAUGGAGGGCUUAGCUGCUUGCAUAAUUUCACAGCUGGCCUUGAUUUACAGCCUUGCAGCUUUCGGAUUAAUUGAUGACAACAGACAACUGAUAAGAAGUACUUUCGCUGUGAUUGGAGUUUCCGUUGUUGAAACAAAAACUGAGCAAAUCGACAAUCUGGUGAUGCCACUUCUGAUGUACCUGUGCCUUUUAUUGUAAAAAUUUUUUUCCUCUUUGCGAUUCAAGAGUCUCAGCAACUCUUUGUUUAUCGCAUUUAAAUUUUCAUAACGCGUGAUCUCUGUUAUAAAAUCAGAAUUUCUCGUGUCUA